AUGAAAGCUGAACUUCAUGCUCUAGAAGAAAACCACACAUGGACUGUCACCACCUUACCCCCUAACAAAACUGCAAUUGGUUGUAUAUAUGUUUAUAAGACCAAGCUAAAAUCAGAUGGCUCUCUUGAAAGGCACAAAGCCAGACUUGUGGCCAAAGGUUACACCCAAAAAGAAGGUUUUGACUUCCAAGAGACCUUUAGUCCAGUUGCCAAGCUCACCACAGUUCGGGUUUUCCUUGCCAUAGCAGCCAUUAAAAACUGGUCCCUCACUCAAAUGGAUGUUCACAAUGCCUUUCUUCAUGGAGACCUCGAUGAAGACAUCUAUAUGCAAUUGCCUCCAGGCUAUCACAUCAAGAGUGAGCAGAUUAAGGGGGAGAACUUGGUAUGCAAAUUAAAUAAGUCUCUCUAUGGACUUAAGCAAGCAUCUAGGCAAUGGUUCUCAAAGUUUUCAAAUUCACUCACUGCCAUUGGUUUUCACCAAUCAAAAUUUGACUAUUCUUUGUUCACUAAGGUCAGUCCCAAUGGAUUUAUACCUCUCUUAGUCUAUGUGGAUGACAUCAUAGUUGGAAGUGACUCUCAAAGAGAAAUUGAUUCCCUCAAAUCUUACCUUCAAAGCAAGUUCAAAAUUAAGGACCUUGGACCCCUCAAGUAUUUCCUAGGAUUGGAAGUUGCUAGGUCCUCACUUGGAAUUAACUUUUGUCAAAGGAAGUACACCCUCGAGAUAUUAGAAGAUUCAGGUCUACUAGGCACAAAGACAGUUUCCACACCUAUUGAACUGAACCAUAAAUUGAGUCACACCACAGAAGAAAUCUUCCAAGAUCCCACAACUUAUAGAAGACUCAUUGGAAGGUUAAUUUACUUAACCAUCACUAGACCCGACAUAACCUAUGUUGUAAGUGUUCUAAGCCAGUUCAUGGACAGACCCUUACAAUCUCAUAUGCACUCAGCCUAUAGGAUUCUCAAGUACCUUAAGGGAUCCAUAGGUCAAGGCAUUUUCUUGUCAUCCAAAUUAGCUUUACAUCUAAGGGCCUAUAGUGAUUCAGAUUGGGCUGCCUGCCCCGAGACAAGAAGAUCUGUCACAGGGUUCUGUAUAUUCAUUGGGGAUUCACUAAUAAGCUGGAAAUCUAAGAAGCAAGCAACAAUUUCUAGAUCUUCAGCUGAGGCAGAAUAUAGGGCACUAGCAUCUACAAGUUAUGAUAUUCAUUGGAAUUAUCACACCUAUACAUGUGUCCUCAAAAUUUCAGUUGACAGAUAUUUUCACUAA